GGGUGGGCUCGGGACCAUAGAGGGUCGCUUCCUCCGCGUUCCUAGAGCGCCCGCGACGGCGCCCGGCGCGGCCCGCACUUCCGGCAGCGCGAGAGGCGCGCAGCCGGCGAGGGCGGCGGAGGUCCGGCGCGAAGGCUGUGUAGCUCUAAGAAAUGAAGCAUUAAUAGUUGAGAAGAGGACAGUGGGCUUCCUUCUGAUUACGUCUGUCAGUUCAGCAUGAAGUUAGGAAAACCUAAAGCAGGUCUAUCCCGGAGCUCAAGCCAGGGAAAAGCCUAUGAGAACAAACGCAAAACGGGCCAGCAGCGGCAGAGAUGGGGAGUGACCAUUCGUUUUGACUCAAGCUUGAGUAAACUAAGGAGAAGCUUAGAUGUGAAACCCUAUAAAUGCACUGAAUGUGAGAAGAGUUUCAGUCAGAAUUCAACUCUCUUUCAACACCAGAAGAUCCACACUGGGAAGAAAUCUCACAGAUGUGCCGACUGUGGGAAAAGUUUCUUCCAGAGUUCUAACCUCAUCCAGCAUCGGCGGAUCCACACUGGGGAGAAGCCCUACAAAUGUGACGAGUGUGGAGAAAGGUUUAAACAGAGCUCCAAUCUCAUUCAGCACCAGAGGAUUCACACUGGAGAAAAACCCUACCAGUGCGAUGAAUGUGGCCGCUGCUUCAGCCAGAGUUCCCACCUUAUUCAACAUCAGAGAACGCACACCGGGGAGAAACCUUACCAGUGCAGUGAGUGUGGCAAGUGCUUCAGCCAGAGUUCUCAUCUGAGGCAGCACAUGAAGGUGCACGAAGAGGAGAAACCCCGGAAAACCCGGGGUAAAAAUAGCAGGGCCAAAACUCACCUGGUGUCCUCUUGGAAAGCUGGGAAAGGACGGAAAUCGGCAGCUGGUCUCCGCUAAGCAGGGAGCACUGCCUCCGCGUUGUUUUUAAAAAAGAAUAGAAACACUAAAGUUGUAAACGGCCAGAGAUGCUUUGCAGUGCAGCAUUUUAUACUGGAUCUUUUACCUGAAGGGAAAUGUUGGGACUUCAGUAACUUCAUUGGGAUAGAACACAUUAUAUGAGCCCAGCUGCUCUCCCUUCUUCCCUGUGCGACAUGGAGCACAAAGAACUGAAAGUAUGUUUUGAGAAAAACAUAUCAUUGACCUCCUGAAAUUGCUUCCUGCUUCAUGUUAACAAAGAUUGUCACACGUAAUGACAUGUUCGUGAAAGCACAGGCAUGCCAUUUAUUGAGUUUUAGGACUUUCUGUGGAAGGAAUAAUUAGAAAGGAGAAUUUCUGUUGGUCUUGAAGUUCUUAACAGAUGAGGUUUUUUGCUUUACAG